CUUUCAAGUAGAAACAUUUCCUACUUUGAGAAAGGAAUAAUUAAUAUCAUCAUGAAGCUACUAGUUUUUGUGUUGGCCGUAUUAUGUGCUGUCACCUACACAAGCGCUGACUUGUCAGGAAAAACAUCGUCAGUUCUUUCAUCACAUGAAUUGCGUUUUCCUCGCCAAACUAACCUACCCAACUUGCAAAUCGAGGAGCCAAAAAAAGGUUCGAUAACGUUUCAAAGAACGCAGCCUCUGAGUGGCUCACAACGUCAAUCAACUUGGAAUCUCAACGCAAAUGCCAAUGUUUUUAACAAAGAUCACACAACAGCGGAUGUUUAUGGUGGAUUGAGUAAAGUACCUGGACAACGAGUCCAGCCAUACUUUGGCAUCCAAGCUGAAAAGAAUUUCGGCAAAAAUGGCUUCAUCAGAAGUCAUACUGAAUUUCAACAAGGUCCACAAGGUCAUAGAUUCUCUCCUUCAGUUGGUAUAACUGGUGGAUUUCGAUUCAAGAGAGAAGCCGAACCCCAAGGAUCAAUAAGCUUUCAAGGAACGCAACCUCUGAGCGGUCCAAUGCGUCAACCUACCUGGGAUCUCAACGUUAAUCGUAACAUCGUGAACAAUGACCGCACAACCGCGGACGUUUAUGGAGGAUUGAGUAAAAUACCUGGACAACGAGUGCAACCGCACGUCGGCAUCCAGGCGGAGAGGAAUUUUGGCAAUAAUGGUUUUAUCAGAGGUCAUGGUCAACUUCAGCCAGGUCCAAGAGGUCACGGAGUCUCUCCUUCAGUUGGUAUAACUGGUGGAUUUCGAUUCAAAAGAGAAGCCGAACCCCAAGGGUCAAUAAGCUUUCAAGGAACGCAACCUCUGAGCGGUCCAAUGCGUCAACCUACCUGGGAUCUCAACGUUAAUCGUAACAUCGUGAACAAUGGCCGCACAACCGCGGACGUUUAUGGAGGAUUGAGUAAAAUACCUGGACAACGAGUGCAACCGCACGUCGGCAUCCAGGCGGAGAGGAAUUUUGGCAAUAAUGGUUUUAUCAGAGGUCAUGGUCAACUUCAGCCAGGUCCAAGAGGUCACGGAGUCUCUCCUUCAGUUGGUAUAACUGGUGGAUUUCGAUUCAAAAGAGAAGCCGAACCCCAAGGGUCAAUAAGCUUUCAAGGAACGCAACCUCUGAGCGGUCCAAUGCGUCAACCUACCUGGGAUCUCAACGUUAAUCGUAACAUCGUGAACAAUGGCCGCACAACCGCGGACGUUUAUGGAGGAUUGAGUAAAAUACCUGGACAACGAGUGCAACCGCACGUCGGCAUCCAGGCGGAGAGGAAUUUUGGCAAUAAUGGUUUUAUCAGAGGUCAUGGUCAACUUCAGCCAGGUCCAAGAAGUCACGGAGUCUCUCCUUCAGUUGGUAUAACUGGUGGAUUUCGAUUCAAAAGAGAAGCCGAACCCCAAGGGUCAAUAAGCUUUCAAGGAACGCAACCUCUGAGCGGUCCAAUGCGUCAACCUACCUGGGAUCUCAACGUUAAUCGUAACAUCAUGAACAAUGGCCGCACAACCGCAGAUGUCUACGGAGGAUUGAAUAAAGUACCUGGACAACGAGUGCAACCGCACAUCGGCAUUCAGGCGGAAAGAAAUUUUGGCAAUAAUGGUUUCAUUAGAGGUCAUGGUCAACUUCAGCCGGGUCUAAGAGGUCACGGUGUCUCUCCUUCGAUUGGUAUUACAGGUGGUUUUCGAUUUAAAAGAGAAGCCGAAGAUACUGAUGAGAUAGAGCCCACCGAAAAGUAUUAAAAAAAUUUUGAGUUAACAUUUAAAUGACU